AUGUAAAAUCCAAAUAUUCCAUAAUAUGAAUUUGAUAUUACAAUUUAUAAGGAUUACUUGAAGAAUAAGAUUAUUGCAUUAUUGGAAACUAUGCCUGGAAAUAAAUAAUUAAUUUUGAGUUAAAGAGUCUUACAAUUACUUAAAUUAAGCAUUGAAAAUAAAUUACUAUAAGAAAGUGGAGUCAAAAAGACUUUAACAAUAGAGAAUAUAAAUUAAAUAGAAAAUGAUAUUACUUAAAUUUUUAUCAUUAUUCCACCUAAAUUAGAUGUAACAAGAAAAAUUGCAAGAAUGAUCAAAGCUGCCAAUGGUCCUAACAAUACUUAUAAAUUAGUCUUUUGGCCUUCAAGAACAAUUCUAGCUAAAGAAUUAUUGGAAUAAGAAGGAGUUUUAAGUAGUGUAGAAAUUAAGGAUUUUUCAUUUGAUCUUAUUCCACUUGAUUUAGAUGUAUUAAGUUUAGAAAUGCCAGAUGCUUUUAGAGAUAUGAUGAUUGAUUAAGAUUUAUCAAUUUAUAAUUAUGUUGCAGAUAGUAUUAAUCGAAUACAAAUUGUUAUGGGCAAUAUUCCUAAUAUAUAUUGUAAAGGUGAUGGUGCAAAAAUGGUUUAUGACAUUAUUAAAGUAGAAAACUCAUAAUCUGAUUAAAAUCAAGACUCUUAAGAGGUUGAAUCUCUAAUUAUAUAUGACAGAAGUAUUGACUUAGUAACUCCAAUGUUAACAUAAUUAGUUUAUGAAGGAUUGAUAGAUGAAUAGUUUGGUAUCAAUGGAAAUUUAGUAAGUUUACAAAAAAAGGUAUUUGGAAAAGAAGGUUAAGAAGGAGAGGAAUAUCAAACAUUGUAAUUGAAUUCAGAGAAAGAUCCUUUAAUGUAUAAAGUAAGAGGAUUGUAAGUGGCAUCUUUAGCCAAAUAUUUAUAUGAGUAAGCAAAACAAUAGGAAGUAGAGAAGACAGAAUUUUAGAAAGAAAAAUAAGCUUAAUUGAAUGAGAGGAUUGUUUAAUAAGCAAAGAAGAUUAAAUUAGAAUAGGAAUCAAAUUCAAGACGUAUUAUAUAAUAUUUAUAUAUAUAGAUCUUAAUAUAAGUGGAAAGAUUGCAGAGAAUAUUAAAACAAUAUCAUUCUAUAAAUUAUUAAGUUUAGAAUAAGGAAUAAUUAAUGGAGAUAAAACAGAAAGAACUUUAGAUUAUAUAGAAGCUAUGAUUCAAUUAGAAAUGGAUUUAAAUAAAGUUGUAAGGUUGUUAACCUUAAGAUCUUUAGUUGAUGGAGGAUUGAAACAAAAACCAUUUGAUUAUAUGAGGAGAGAGAUUGUUCAUGUAUAUGGAUUUAAAACUAUUGCAUUCUUAAACAAUUUAUCCAAAGCUGGUAUGUUAUUCAAAUCUGAUGCCAAAUAGCUUUUCUUUAAAUUGUAGGAAUAAUUUAAGUUAUUGAAUGUAGAUAUUAGAUCUGAUGAUACAGAUCCUAAAGAUCCUGCUUAUACUUAUAGUGGUCACUGUCCUCUUUUGUAAUUUUUGAUUCUAAUAAUUUAGGGCUCGUUUGACUGAAAAGAUAUUUGAUAAGGGAUCGUGGAAACCAUUUAAAACUUAAAUGUAAUUGAUUAAUGGUUAUCAAUAUGAACCAGAUAGACCUAUUAAAUUGAAUAUUCCUGGCAAAAAGGCUAUUGUAAUUAUAUAUAUACUUGGUGGUGUAACUUAUGGAGAGAUUGCUUCUUUGCGUCUCUUGGGAAAAUAAUUUAAUAAAGAAGUAAUCAUAUGUACAACUAAUAUGACUAAUGGUACAAAGCUAAUUUCAUCAUUAAGAGAGAGAAUUUGAU